UAAUGUGGUUAGUGAAGACCCACUAUUGUUGCCAUGUGGUUCAGAAAUGAUGCCAACCCCAAUUCCGGAAAUGAAUUCAACAAAGUGGAAGGGUUUGGUUAUCGGAGAAGGACAGAUUUUUCCUAAUGCAGUGGCUCUUAGGCAAGCACUGUAUAGGUAUAUGGGUGCAUACUCAAUGGGACAAAGACAAGAUUCUGAGUUGUUAAUAAUUAGAACCUUAAGAAGUGAGCAUGUGCAUUAUGCACAGGACAGCUUGGUUGUAUCUCACUCUAGAGGGUCAAACUUAACAUCAUCAAUCAUGAUAGAUUCUUUGAGGUGUAAUAUAGACAAGAAUGCUAAUGAACUUAGAAGAGAUCUGUAUAGAGAAUAUGGGGUGCGACUGAAUUAUAGUCAAGCAUACAGGGGUAGAGAAAGAGCAUUGAGGGAAAUACAUGGUCGUGCACAGGAUUCAUACAUGGCGAUUCCCUGGAUUUGUGAAAGGCUCAUUGAAACUGAUCCAAACACAAGUGCUCGAUGGGAAGGGUUGGAUAGUAACAGAUUUCAGAGGGUGUUCAUUGCUUAUGGAUGCUCAAUUAAUGGAUUUUUAGAAGGGUGUCGACAUAUACUUUAUAUAGACGGCUGUCAUCUAAGUGGUCCUUACAGGGGGACAUUGAUUUCAGCUAAUGCAUAUGAUGCAGACAAUGAACUAUUUCCAUUAGCAUAUGCUAUAGUUAGUGGGGAGACAUAUGAUGAUUGGGCUUGGUUUCUCCAGAACAUCAAAGACAUCACAAGAUCAGUGGAGACAACGAUAGUUUCAGAUCGGAAUAAUGCCAUUAUAGGUGCUGUGCGAACAAUAUUUGGUGGCGAGAGACAUGCUUUUUGUUAUAGGCAUGUGAAAGAAAAUUUUAGUGCACAUUAUUUAAAAAUUAACCGAGGCAGGGGACGAGUUUCAGGUACUUCAAAGGACGUUGCAUUGAAAAUGCUGGAUGGAAUCGCCUAUGCAAGGAUUGAGGAUGAAUAUGUUGCUGCAAUGGGGAAACUUAGAUCAUUCUGUCCACAAUUGGCUGAUUGGGUUGACACUCAAGGAGAUGUAGAUCGGUGGGCUUUAAGCAAAUUCCGUUUAAGCGAUGGGAUAACAUCACUACUAAUGUUGCGGAGUCGUUUAAUGCCUGGAUUUUGA